GUCUGUAUAAAGCGAACAAAAGCGGUACACAUUCGAUUGCUCUGAGAUUUUUUUCUCUGAAUUUUAACAAUGGACACUACCUCCCAGGAAAUAAUGGAAAACACAUCGCCCUGUGAUGCAUUGGACUACCCUCCUAAUUCGUCACCAAGAAUCCAAUCGGAACUGGAGACUAUGGAACUAAGGCGAAAAGAAACUGACGAAAUCAGGAGAGCAUUCAAGGAAAAUGGUAUCUUGGGAUUAACUCGGUCAAAGACCUUGCCUCCGCUGUCAUUUAAAAAAGACCUCGCAGACAAAAUCGGAGCAAAUUCGGAAGGUCCACGCCCAUCUCUCCGAACAAACAGACCUGUGACCCCAAAUUUUCCUUGUAUCAUCAAGCGAGUUAACAAAUCCCCGAUUAAGAUUGACGCUCUAUUGAGAAAUUCAGAGCCUAUACCGCAUUUUAUAGAUAGGGCGUCGAACCAGGUGCCAAAGAAACAGUCCAGAGCCAAGAGCAUACAGGGAUGGCAGAACGAAAUCAAGAAAGUGGUGCCACAAAGACCUGCUUUUGCCAUUUCCUCAGACUGGGUAGCACCACCCGCAGAUUGGGAUGACAGGGACCCAUAUAUUUCCUCCCCAAGGAGUAUGUUUUACACAAAUACCAAAUAUGUGCUUCAUAAAGACUUUAUCGUCAGUCCCGAGUGGAUCUCCGAACAAAUGAAAGUCUCAGAAUUUUCUCCAGCUUACCGCACAUGCGCUCUAAGAUACGGUUGGUGCUCGUGAUGCACCGGUUCUACACACCACUCAGUAUUUAUAUCUGGUAAUCAAUCAG